AUGAGUACACAAGGACCACCGGCAGAUGCGAAGACGGCACAGGCCGCUGCUUUGCACGAGAUUGAGGCAGCGCAGAGACGGAAACGGGCGCUUGAGAUGAGCUUGGCGAAUAUCGAAGCCCAGAUCGCAGCGACAGAGGCGGUCUACCUCGACGAGACGCACACGACGGGUAACGUGCUUAAGGGCUUUGAGAGCUACCUCAAGCCGCCGGGGACGCACCACCGCCGCCGGGCGGAUGCCGAAGAGGAGCGCUUGUUCUCAGGCAGCAGUGUUAAACUCCAGCCCGUCGAGCACCGAUAG